GAGAAGGUGCCUGGGCCUGAACAUCCAAAUACACUGGACAGCAUCAACAAUUUUGGCAAUGUCCUUCACAGCCAGGGCAAGUAUGAGGAGGCUGAGGCAAUGCAUCGACGGGCCCUGCAAGGCAGAGAGAAGGUGCUUGGGCCUAAACAUCCAGAUACACUGAUGAGCAUCAACAACAUUGGCAGUGUCCUUCAGAGCCAGGGCAAGUAUGAGGAGGCUGAGGCAAUGCAUCAACGGGCCCUGCAAGGCAGUAAGAAGGUGCUUCGGCCUGAGCAUUGA